AUGAGCAGUAACAGUCGUAACAGUUGUAGCAUCAGUAGUAAUGCAGUUGUUAGCAACAACUUUGCGCUACAAGUGCCCACUACCACGUUUGCCGACGUAAAUGCGAUGCUAAAAGUGAACUGCGAUUUUAAUUUCUACUCUGCCUACUGCCAUUCGUCAGUUACCUGUCCAAUCAACUACCUGUCUAACCACUACACUGGUUACCAUGGCAACAACAACAACAACAACAACAAUAACAAUAACAACAACAACAAUAACAAUAACGGUAAUAAUAACAGUAACGACGUUAACAACAACAACAAAAAUGUCAUUCCUAGCAGCGGCAACAGUCAACAAUCGCCUGCCAAAAACGAACUAUCAACACUACUACUCGAUGACGUCAUGAUUACGCACGCCCCUACCUUCCCCUACCCGACCUACUGCUCGCCACUCUACCACCAUCCGCAUCAUCAUCAUCAUUUAAACGGCUACUACUAUCACCACCACCAUCACCACCACGCGCCACUAAACGUAAGCGACGCGGCCGCACAGACGUGUGCGCAGGUUUCAACGCCGCAACAACAACAACACGAAGAGGUGCAUUCGACUCUUCUCGGUGAUGACUGCUUCCAUAAUCAUCAUCAGGAUGAUGAUGAUGAUGAUGAUGAUAACAAUGAUGAUGAGGAUGAUGAUGAAGAUGAUGUUGAUGAGGAUGAUGUCCGGGGCGAUGAUUGUGAUAGUGGAAUCAAGGGCGAUAUUUGCCGAAGUAACCGAUGUGAUAUCCGUGAUGAAAACGAUUCGGACAAUGAAGAAAAUGAGGAAGACGACGACGACAACGAUGAUGACGAUGUUGACGAUGACAACGAUGAUGAAAAUGAUGGCAGUGAUGAUGAUAAUGUGAGUGGAAAACGUUUUAAAAGAUCGCCAAGUGAAGAAAGAGAUGGUUCUGGUCAAGCAGUUUAA